GAAGUCUUAUAGGAUAAAAAUUUUUGGGUGGAGCAAUUAUGGGGAUAUUAGAACAAUGCUGACAAGGCAUCAGACCGUGGCCUAUAUCGCUGCCGCGGUCCAAGUCCCCGCCCACCUGGAGGCAGAGGCUUGGGACUUAAUAUGUCCCGAGUCGAUGCUCGUCCCUCUGCGGGAGAUGGCAGAGGUCGAGGAGAUGACGCUGCUGACUGUUCAGGGCUGGGUCAAAGAACUAGGUGCGUUCCACCCGCAAACAGCGGCCGGUGGCCCGCCAGUGCCUCGAAGGGCCGUGGUGCUGAAAGAUGGGGAUACAGAGGUGGAAUUGGUACUCUGGAGGGAGGCCAACCUCACACAGUUAGAGGUUGGCCUCCUUAUAAGAGGUACCCAUCUGCGGGCGAAAAGGAGCAACUGGGGACUGAGCCUCCACUCAACAGGGCACACUUCAGUGGAAGUCAUCAAUGGAGACAAGGAGGUCCAGGUCAUGGGGUACAGGAUCCUCCCAGACGGGGACAUGGAGGUCCUGGACCCCAGUGACAACGAACACGUCAUUCCACAGGCCAUGUGGGAUGCAGUCAUUGGCAAGACCGUCCCAGCCAUACGUUUCCAUUUAUUAUUUACAUUAUUUACAUUUGAAAGGGCCAAAUUACUCCAAAUUAAUUUAAGAGAGGAAUACCCUAAUAAUAUACAAUUAUCUGGGGCUCAUUAAUAUAGGCUAAUAUUAAGCACAGAGGAACC